AUCUGCGGUUGGGGCGAGCGACAGGCAGGGGGCCCGGAGUUAGGAGGGGGUGUGGGAGCCCGCGGAGCACAGGUGAACGGAGGCCGCCUUGCCGGGGCGCCGCUGGCCAGCCCCAAAGGGUUACUUUGGCCUUGGCUGUGGGCCGAAUGCGAAGGUGGGGAGGUGGGCGGGGGAUGACUCGGCCAUUCCUGGGUCCGCCGUGUUAGGCUGAAGGCAAAAGGAAACCAAGGCCUGAGAGUUUUCCAGGAAACGAAAGCGAAAGAGUCAAAGUUAGCGGCCCGGAGUUGGCGCGGUCCGGAGUUGGCGCGGCCCCUGCAGUCCGGCGGAGAGCGGAGCUGAGGAUGGCUGUGCCCGGCUCCUUCCCGCUGCUGGUCGAGGGCUCUUGGGGCCCCGACCCCCCGAAGAACUUGAACACCAAGUUGCAGAUGUACUUCCAGAGCCCGAAGAGGUCGGGAGGCGGCGAGUGUGAGGUCCGCCAGGAUCCCAGGAGCCCAUCCCGCUUCCUGGUGCUCUUCUACCCGGAGGACGUUCGGCAGAAGGUUCUGGAGAGAAAAAAUCAUGAGUUAGUAUGGCAAGGAAAAGGAACAUUCAAGUUAACUGUCCAGUUACCUGCAACCCCAGAUGAAAUCCAUCAUGUCUUUGAAGAGGAAAUUCUAACAAGGGAAUCCAAGACCAAAGAAGGUGUUAAAGAACCAGAUGUGUCAGAAGAAUUGGAUACAAAACUCCCUCUUGAUGGUGGAUCAGACAAAAUGGAAGAUAUCCCAGAGGAAUGUGAAAAUAUUUCCUCUUUGGUGGCAUUUGAAAACCUCAAGGCAAAUGUGACUGACAUAAUGCUAAUCUUGUUAGUGGAGAACAUAAGUGGCCUGUCUAAUGAUGACUUUCAAGUGGAAAUAAUAAGAGAUUUUGAUGUUGCUGUUGUUACCUUUCAAAAGCACAUAGAUACUAUAAGAUUUGUUGAUGAUUGUACCAAGCACCAUUCAAUUAAACAACUUCAGCUUUCUCCAAGACUUCUGGAAGGGACAAACACAGUCAGGGUUGAAAACCUGCCACCUGGUGCUGAUGACUACAGUUUAAAACUUUUCUUUGAAAAUCCCUAUAAUGGAGGGGGAAGAGUUGCCAAUGUUGAAUUUUUUCCUGAAGAGAGUUCAGCUCUGAUUGAAUUUUUUGACAGAAAAGUGUUAGACACCAUCAUGGCCACAAAACUCGACUUCAAUAAAAUGCCGCUUUCUGUGUUCCCAUACUAUGCCUCAUUGGGCACAGCCUUGUAUGGAAAGGAGAAGCCUCUGAUCAAGCUUCCAGCACCAUUUGAAGAGUCACUAGAUCUUCCCUUAUGGAAGUUCUUACAGAAAAAGAAUCACCUGAUUGAGGAGAUAAACGAUGAAAUGAGGCGUUGUCACUGUGAGCUCACGUGGUCUCAACUCAGUGGUAAAGUUACCAUCAGACCAGCAGCCACCUUAGUCAAUGAAGGAAGACCGAGAAUCAAGACCUGGCAAGCAGAUACUUCCACAACACUCUCUAGCAUCAGGUCUAAAUAUAAAGUCACCCCAAUUAAAGUGGAUCCAACAAUGUGGGACACCAUAAAAAAUGAUGUGAAAGAUGACAGGAUUUUGAUUGAGUUUGAUACACUUAAGGAGAUGGUAAUCUUAGCAGGGAAAUCAGAGGAUAUCCAAGGCAUUGAGGUACAAGUCAGGGAGUUAAUAGAAAGCACUACUCAAAAAAUUAAAAGGGAAGAGCAAAGUUUGAAGGAAAAAAUGGUCAUUUCUCCAGGCAGGUAUUUUCUUUUGUGUCACAGCAGUCUACUGGACCAUUUACGCACGGAGUGCCCAGAGAUAGAGAUUUGUUAUGAUGGAGUCACUCAACACUUGUGCUUGAAAGGACCUAGUGCAGAUGUGUAUAAAGUAAAGUGUGAAAUCCAGGAAAAGGUGUACACCAUGGCUCAGAAAAACAUUCAGGUUUCUCCUGAGAUUUUUCAGUUUUUGCAACAGGUAAACUGGAAAGAAUUCUCUAAGUGUCUUUUCAUAGCACAGAAAAUUCUUGCACUUUAUGAGCUAGAGGGUACAACUGUUCUCUUAACCAGCUGUUCUUCUGAAGCCCUGUUAGAAGCAGAAAAGCAAAUGCUCAGUGCCUUAAAUUAUAAGCACAUUGAAGUUGAGAACAAAGAAGUUCUUCAUGGCAAGAAAUGGAAAGGGCUCACUCACAAUUUGCUUAAGAAACAAAAUUCCUCCCCAAACACUGUAAUCAUCAAUGAGUUAACUUCAGAAACCACAGCUAAAGUCAUCAUUACAGGCUGUGUAAAAGAAGUAAAUGAAACCUAUAAAUUGCUUUUUAACUUCAUUGAACAAAACAUGAAAAUAGAGAGACUGGUUGAAGUAAAGCCUUCCUUAGUUAUUGACUAUUUAAAGACAGAAAAGAAGCUAUUCUGGCCAAAGAUAAAGAAGGUAAAUGUGCAGGUAAGUUUCAAUCCUGAGAACAAACAAAAAGGCAUUUUACUAACUGGCUCAAAGACCGAAGUACUGAAGGCAGUGGACAUUGUCAAGCAAGUCUGGGAUUCAGUCUGUGUUAAAAGUGUCCAUAUUGAUAAGCCAGGAGCCAAGCAGUUCUUCCAGGAUAAAGCACGGUUUUAUCAAAGUGAGAUCAAACGGUUGUUUGGUUGUUACAUUGAACUACAGGAGAAUGAAGAAAUGAUGGAGGAAGGCAGCCCCGUUGGGCAGAAGUGCUUCUCUCGGACAGUCUUGGCUCCUGGCGUUGUGCUGAUUGUGCAGCAGGGUGACUUGGCACGGCUUCCUGUCGACGUGGUGGUGAAUGCAUCUAAUGAGGACCUUAAGCAUUAUGGUGGCCUGGCCGCUGCACUCUCAAAAGCAGCUGGCCCUGAGCUCCAGGCCGACUGUGACCAGAUAGUGAAGAGAGAGGGCAGACUCCUACCGGGCAAUGCCACCAUCUCCAAGGCAGGAAAGCUGCCCUACCACCACGUGAUCCAUGCAGUGGGGCCCCGCUGGAGCGGAUAUGAGGCCCCGAGGUGUGUGUACCUAUUAAGGAGAGCUGUGCAACUAAGUCUCUGUCUAGCCGAAAAAUACAAGUACCGAUCCAUAGCCAUCCCAGCUAUUAGUUCUGGAGUCUUUGGCUUUCCCUUAGGCCGAUGCGUGGAGACCAUUGUUUCUGCCAUCAAGGAAAACUUCCAAUUCAAGAAGGAUGGACACUGCUUGAAAGAAAUCUACCUUGUGGAUGUAUCUGAGAAGACUGUUGAGGCCUUUGCAGAAGCUGUGAAAACUGUAUUUAAAGCCACCCUGCCAGAUACAGCUGCCCCGCCCAGUUUACCACCAGCAGCAGUGGGGCCUGGGAAAACAUCAUGGGAAAAAGGAAGCCUGGUGUCCCCGGGAGGCCUGCAGAUGCUGUUGGUGAAAGAAGGUGUGCAGAAUGCUAAGACCGAUGUUGUUGUCAACUCCGUUCCCUCGGAUCUCGUGCUUAGUAGAGGGCCUCUUUCUAAGUCCCUCUUGGAAAAAGCUGGACCAGAGCUCCAGGAGGAAUUGGACACAGUUGGACAAGGGGUGGCUGUCAGUGUGGGCACAGUGCUCAAAACCAGCAGCUGGAAUCUGGACUGUCGCUAUGUGCUUCACGUGGUAGCUCCGGAGUGGAGAAAUGGUAGCAUAUCUUCACACAAGAUCAUGGAAGACAUAAUCAGAGAAUGUAUGGAGAUCACUGAGAGCUUGUCCUUAAAAUCAAUUGCAUUUCCAGCAAUAGGAACAGGAAACUUGGGAUUUCCUAAAACCAUAUUCGCUGAAUUAAUCAUUUCAGAGGUGUUCAAAUUUAGUAGCAAGAAUCAGCUGAAAACUUUACAAGAGGUUCACUUUCUGCUGCACCCGAGUGAUCAUGAAAAUAUUCAGGCAUUUUCAGAUGAAUUUGCCAGAAGGGCUAAUGGAAAUCUCGUCAGUGACAAAAUUCCGAAGGCUAAAGAUACACAAGGUUUUUAUGGGACUGUUUCUAGCCCUGAUUCAGGUGUGUAUGAAAUGAAGAUUGGCUCCAUCAUCUUCCAGGUGGCUUCUGGUGAUAUCACGAAAGAAGAGGCAGAUGUGAUUGUAAAUUCAACAUCAAACUCAUUUAAUCUCAAAGCAGGGGUCUCCAAAGCAAUUUUAGAAUGUGCCGGACAAAAUGUAGAAAGGGAAUGUUCUCAGCAAGCUCAGCAGCGCAAAAAUGAUUAUAUAAUCACCGGAGGUGGAUUUUUGAGGUGCAAGAAUAUCAUUCAUGUAAUUGGUGGAAAUGAUGUCAAGAGUUCAGUUUCCUCUGUUUUGCAGGAGUGUGAAAAAAAAAAUUACUCAUCCAUUUGCCUCCCAGCCAUUGGGACAGGAAGUGCCAAACAAGACCCAGAUAAGGUUGCUGAAGCCAUAAUUGAUGCCAUUGAAGACUUUGUCCAGAAAGGAUCAGCCCAGUCUGUGAAAAAAGUUAAAGUUGUUAUCUUUCUGCCUCAAGUACUGGAUGUGUUUUAUGCCAACAUGAAGAAAAGAGAAGGGACUCAGGUUUCUUCCCAACAGUCUGUGAUGUCUAAACUUGCAUGUGAGUUGUUUGUUUUUAUGAAAUGCACGUUUAUAACGUUGAUGUCACAUGGGAAAUACCUAAUCUUCCUUUUCUUUUUAGCAUUUUUGGGCUUUUCAAAGCAAUCUCCCAAAAAAAAGAAUAAUUUGGUUUUGGAAAAGAAAACAGAAUCAGCAACUUUUCGGGUGUGUGGUGAAAAUGUCACGUGUGUGGAACACGCUAUCUCCUGGCUACAAGACCUGAUUGAAAAAGAACAGUGUCCUUACACCAGUGAAGAUGAGUGCAUCAAAUACUUUGAUGAAAAGGAGUAUCAGGAGUUGAAUGAGCUGCAGAAGAAGUUAAAUAUUAACAUUUCCCUGGACCAUAAGAGACCUUUGAUUAAGGUUUUGGGAAUUAGCAGAGAUGUGAUGCAGGCUAGAGAUGAAAUUGAGGCAAUGAUCAAGAGAGUUCGAUUGGCCAAAGAACAGGAAUCCCGGGCAGAUUGUAUCAGUGAGUUUAUAGAAUGGCAGUAUAAUGACAAUAACACUUUUCAUCGUUUUAACAAAAUGACCAAUCUGAAAUUAGAGGAUGCAAGGAGAGAAAAGAAAAAAACAAUUGAUGUCAAAAUUAAUCAUCGGCACUACACAGUGAACUUGAACACAUACACUGCCACAGAUGCAAAGGGCCACAGUUUAUCUGUUCAGCGCCUCACGAAAUCCAAAGUUGACAUCCCUGCACACUGGAGUGAUAUGAAGCAGCAGAAUUUGUGUGUGGUGGAGCUGCUACCUGGUGAUCCUGAGUACAACACGGUGGCAAGCAAGUUUAAUCAGACCUGCUCACACUUCAGAAUAGAGAAGAUUGAGAGGAUCCAGAAUCCAGAUCUCUGGAAUAGCUACCAGGCAAAGAAAAAAACUAUGGAUGCCAAGAAUGGCCAGACAAUGAAUGAGAAGCAACUCUUCCAUGGGACAGAUGCCAGCUCCGUGCCACACGUCAAUCGAAAUGGCUUUAACCGCAGCUAUGCCGGAAAGAAUGCUGUGGCAUAUGGAAAGGGAACCUAUUUUGCUGUCAAUGCCAAUUAUUCUGCCAAUGAUACGUACUCCAGACCAGACGCAAAUGGGAGAAAGCAUGUGUAUUAUGUGCGAGUACUCACUGGAAUCUAUACACACGGAAAUCAUUCAUUAAUUGUGCCUCCUUCAAAGAACCCUCAAAAUCCUACUGACCUGUAUGACACUGUCACAGAUAAUGUGAACCAUCCAAGUUUAUUUGUGGUAUUUUAUGACUACCAAGCAUAUCCAGAGUACCUUAUUACUUUUAGAAAAUAACACUUUGGUAUCCUUCCCACAAAAUUAUUAUCCAUUUGUACAUAUCUAGUUGUAAAACAAGUUUUAGCUUUUUUUUAUUCCUCUUAACAGAUUUUUCUAAUAUCCAGGGAUCAUUCUUUGUCGCUGAAGUCAGUCUUUCUUCAGCUUCUCUUUCAUAAUGGAAAUGAACUUAUCUUGAGAGCAAAUAACUUGGAAAAUUUAAAUGAGAUAAUGCAGCUGCAACUGUGUGUCCACAAGUAUGGACAUCAAAUCUGUGGGAAAAGAAAAGGUUUGUAUUUUCAGGAAGGAGAGAAUAACAAUCUUAUAGACAGAGGGCACAGCUAAGCACAGCUGCCACUGCAGGAGACAGGCCCCAUGUCAGGAUGCCAUAGUGCUGUGGGGAGCACAGUAUUACCCAGUGGGUAGGGCUUCUGUCUUCCUUGGGAGCAGGGAUGGUAUCUUAGUCAAUUUUUUUCCCUUGGGAUGAGGUCUGUGCCUGAUGUACAAUGGAUACUCCAUAAAUGUUUGACAAACCAACGAAGAAUGAAAAAAAGCCUAGUCAGACUCCCAUCCAAAGUAGGAACUAUCUCUUUAACAUUCUUGACUUACUAUCACUUUACCUCAAAUUGAACAGAUUCCAUGACGGAACUUCAUUCUUCACAAACUAGCCAGUGACAUGUGGGACAGCUCUGGCCAGGGCUCUGGGACUGCAGUGUACUUGCACUCUGCACGGUUCAGGAGCUGUGAUGUGGCUGUGGUCUAGGAGAAUCCUGCCCCAUGGAGUUGCGCAGCACAACCCUGGCUCCAAUUGCCAGAAGGCUUUUUUUAAUGCUGAACCAAAAUGUGCCUUUUUUUUUUUUUUUUUUUUUUUUUUUUUUUUUUUUGAGACGGAGUUUCACUCUUGUUGCCCAGGCUGGAGUGCAAUGGUGCGAUCUCAGCUCACUGCAGCCACUGCCUCCCAGGUUCAAGUGAUUCUCCUGCCUGAGUCUCCCGAGUAGCUGGGAUUACAGGCAUGCGCUAACACACCCGGCUAAUUUUGUAUUUUUAGUAGAGACGAGGUUUCUCCAUGUUGGACAGGCUGGUCUCGAACUCCCAACCUCAGGUGAUCCACCCGCCUCGGCCUCCCAAACUGCUGGGAUUACAGGUGUGAGCCACCGUGACCAGCCAGUGUGUCUUCUUAUAGUGUCUACUCAUUGGUCUUUGUUCUGCCCAGUGAUAACAAUGGGAUAAUGCCUGCUACACAGCUUCAUUGUGAAACCCUUCCCCUGUGCUAAGAUUAAAUGAACUCUAAGAUUAUUAAAUAGUAUAUUUUCCUUGACAGCCUAGCUUUUGAUGAUUUUAAAGCCUUAUGUAUAAAUAAACCAAAGGAAGUAAGCAGUCAUAUUGCUAAUUUGCUAACUCCUAUCUACUGAAUGGUGAAGUUUUAAAAAUUUCCCCAGGUAAGUUUAAGAUUCAAACACCAUCUAUUGAGCACCUAGAUUGUGUGCCAGGUAGUAAAAUAGGUGCUUUCACACACAUUGUCUCAAUUCCUGUAAGGUCAGAAUUAUCUCUGCAUUUGAAACUUGAGGAAACAUGCUCAGAGUGCAAGAAGCUUCCUUGGCUGAGAUCACCUAGGCAGGAACCCUCAGAGCCGGCAACUGAAUCUUGGUCCCUGUGAUGUCAAGCCCAUUGCUCUCCCACUGCAGAACAUGGCCUCUAGAUUAAUACCACCGAUUCAGGAACACCUCCGACAGUCUCGAAAUACCCCCAUCUUCCCUUGUUUGUUUUUUCCUUCUGGCUUCUUCUAUUACAGUCUCUUCAUUUGAAGCUCUGUAGGCCAAGGCCAGAGCUGAUACUGACAUGGAGCCAAUGCAGAUAGCACAUCAGAUGCUAGGUCGAUGGGAGGAUUAAGGGACUUAUAUCUGCUGGGAACACCUGUACUUGAAGUGGAGGAGGCUAGGGGGCCACAGUUGCUGCUUCAUUAACAUAGACGUUUUAGAUUUUUUUCGCUUGUGGUUUGUUUUUUAAGUGGAUUGGCAGACUCCUUGUUGCUUAAGAGUGGCUUUCUAGGCAGGCCACUGGCAUCUGAAUUCAUCAUUGACAAUAAAUGUAAGAAACUGGAAUAAAAAAGAGAGACCUGCUGUUAUUCGCUUUUGUUCUCCAGUGAUUUGAUUAACUCAGGGCAAGGCUGAAUAUCAGGGUGUAUCGCACUGAAGAAUAAUAAUCCAUUCAGUAAUGUUAUAGUUAUCCUCAAUCUAAAUAUGUCAACUGUCAUUUUGCUCCUUUUCAAAUAAAAUACUUGAAAACUGUCA